AUGAUGAUGAGCUUUGCAUUGAGCUCCCAUCUCACCAAAGCUCCUCUUCUUCCAUUUCAUCAUCAUCAAUCCAGAAAUAACACCUCAAUAUUCUGCGGGGUUUCCAGGCCAACAACAUCACACCUCUCAAAGCUCAAGGCACAAGAUGAUAAUGUUAUCUCAGAGCCCAGCAAGAAGUCUGGUACAACAAUUUCCAACCUGGCAAUUCUCGGGAGUACACUUUUGGUCACGGUGAGCGAGCCAGCAUCAGCUGUGACCGGAGUGAAUUAUUUCGACGACGGUCUCAUAUGGACAUUAGCUCAGUUGGCAAUUUCAGCCUUCGUGUACUUUCUUGUUAGUAAGAUGGUACCGAAGGGGUUUCGUAGAGAUGUACCUUCAGUUCAUGUUUGUGUUCAUGUUCUUCCCAGGGUUGCUGCUUUGGGCACCAUUCUUGAACUUCAGAAAAUUUCCGAGGGAUCCAUCAAUGAAGUAUCCUUGGUCUAG